GCUGUCUUUUACUUAUUUCCCUCCCUCCCUUCUACUAAACGCAACUUCCUUCUUUCCCAUCUUCCAUUCCAUUCCAUUCCGUCGUCUCUUGUCUUUCUCUUCAACUUGUUUCCAUUUAACAUCCUCAAACCUCUUUCACUUUUAAUUUCAUCAUUCAAACUUGUCAAUAUCAACAAUUUCCCUUCCUUUCUUCACUCACUCAUCUCUAUCUGUCGGUGUACCUGUAAAAGAAAAUGGCGUUAGAUCAAUACAUGUCCCAAAACAAUUUCUUUGAAGAUAAACCGUCUUUGAAAACCUGGAAUACCACCACAGAUUCUAAUAGAAAUGCAUCUGCUGGCUUUGACUGCAACAUCUGCUUAGAGUGUGUGCAAGAUCCAGUAGUCACGUUUUGUGGUCACCUUUACUGCUGGCCUUGCAUUUACAAAUGGAUUCAUAUGCAAACAAGUAUCUCUUCCGAAUAUGAGGAGAAGCAGAAGCCACAAUGUCCAGUAUGCAAAUCAGAACUGUCUCAAUCCUCGCUAGUUCCAUUAUACGGCCGUGGCCAAUCCACGACAGCUUGUCAAGCUGGGAAUGAUGUACCUCAAAGACCUUUGGGUCCCAGAUCAUAUAAUACUACAACUGUUUCACAACCUACUUAUCAAAGUUAUUAUCAUCCUCGACAGUUCAACUCAAUUCCUAGCAGUUACCCUUCACCCAUGUUUAGCACAAGUGGUUCGUCAUUGGACAACUCAUUUGGAAUCUUCGGUGAAAUGAUAUACGCGAGGGUGUUCGGUAACCAGAUGGAAAACAUGUAUACAUAUCGUAAUUCGUAUAGUUUUCAAGGGAACAAUAAUCCAAGGGUUAGAAGACAUUUAAUGCAAGUUGAUAAAUCACUAAGCAGAAUCUUUUUUUUCCUCCUUUGCUGCUUAGUUAUGUGUCUUCUCUUAUUCUGAAUAAUAUUUCAUUUUCAUAUUUAGUAGCAGUAUGUACAUGUAUGUAUCCUUGUAUAGAUUGUAUUCAGUAUUCUGAUUCAGCUUGAGAAUUUAUGGUGACAUGUGUAAUUGUCAGUGUGAUAUAAGAGUAUAUGAAAUAUAUGUUUGUAACUUUGUAUAAACUAUAAUUGGUAUUUUAUUUUUUCCCUUUCAGCU